CUGAACGUGGACUUCGCGCUCAUCCAUAAGGAGCGCAAAAAGGCCAACGAAGUCGCGUCAAUGGUUCUCGUGGGCGAAGUGCGCGAUCGCGUCGCCAUUCUCGUCGACGACAUGGCCGACACGUGCGGCACCAUCUGUCACGCGGCGCAGAAGCUGUCGGAGGCGGGCGCUUCCAAGGUGUACGCCAUCCUCACGCACGGCAUCUUCAGCGGUCCCGCGUGUGAACGCAUCUCGAAGGCGGCGCUCGAGGCGCUGGUCGUGACGAACACAAUCCCGCAGGAGAAGAAUAUGCGCGACUGUCACAAGAUUCAGUGCAUCGACGUAAGUAUGAUUCUCGCGGAAGCGAUUCGUCGCACACAUAACGGCGAAAGCGUUUCGUAUCUCUUCUCAAACGUUCCGAUGUAGUCAUUGAUUGGCUCUUUUGUUGGCCUUUUGUAACACUGAAUGGCAAACACUUCGCGACUUUUGCUUUAUUUUGUGCCAAUUAUUCAGACAUUCCUUUCGACUAAUCAUUGUUUUAAUUAUUAAAAACGUACAAAUAGUUAACGCAUGAAAAGUACAUUUGUAUUGAUUUUCUGCUUAUUUUGACUCUAAAUUGAAAACUUGAAUGAAUUUGCAUUUUGUUAUAAUUAGAAGCAAAGUAAGAAAUACGAGAAUUUCGUUAAUAAAGUCAUUGAAAAUCGGCUCCAUUUGUGACCAAUACUUGUUUUGUGACUCUUUUGAUGACUAGAUCUCACAUUUCACGGCCGAAGCCAUAAGACGUAAUCACAAUCGAGAAAGCAUUGGCUCUCUCUUCAAAGAAGUGCCCUUUUAAUGAUUAAACACUUGUUUUUCAGACAGAUUUUAUUCAUUUGUUGCAUUAAAUCAUCAAAAUAGCCUUAACAUAGCGUAUAACCGAAUAUAGCAAAAGUGAUACAAAUAUUUAUAUAUUAUUUACAAAAUUUGAAUAAAAUUGAG